AGUAUAAUAUUGUCAAGAUAUUACUUUUUCAUAGUUUUAGAGGUUAUAAAAAAUAACAAUCUUAAUUUUUGAAAAGUGAAAAGAAUCCGUAAAAUAAAUAAAGUAAAAACUAAUAAAAUGUCACUUCCUCCUGCCAGUGGCACAGGGCGGUAUUUUGCCAAAGCGGCCAAAUCUAUCCGCCUUAUUCGUCACGGAUGCACCAACAGACCAUUCUUCCACAUAUCUGUAACUCAUCGCAAGCGUAUCAACACUCAACCAGUCAUUGAACAGUUAGGAUCGUAUGAUCCCGUUCCAAAUGUAAACAAUGAGAAGUUAGUGGCUUUAAAUUUGGAAAGAAUAAAAUACUGGCUUGGCAAAGGGGCCCAUGUUACAACGCCUGUUGCAGAACUUCUAGGUUUGUCCGGCUUUUUCCCCAUCCAUCCAAGGUCUUACAUGACAGCGUGGAGAAACCGAAGAACUGAACAAGAGAGAUUGGCAAAAUUGGCGGAAGCUGAGAAAUCUGAACAGGCGUCUUAAGAUAUAGAUGUAAUUAGUUAUUUAUUAGUUUUAGUACAUAUU